AUGGUGGGCAAGCGCAAGGCUGAAACUCAGCAUGUGAGUGACGUCAGUGAUGAAUACUCACCAAGCUUGGCGGCAGGCACAGAGGAAGCCCAGGCUGUGCAGCAGUCGCAGGAUGCCACAAUGGUUCUGGACCCGGAAGCUGAGCCAGGAUCAUGUGCUUCCGACACAGCAACCGCAACCUCCUUGCAAGACAUUCUGAAGCAGAUGGUCAGCAGGGAUGAAGCACGCCAGCCGGUGCAUCAUUUCUUGGCCGAUGUCAUUUUCGCCGGGAAGAAGGAUAUGGAGACCUUCAGCCAGUCCGUGCAGGUUCUAGCCCCCUGUGCCUCGGGACAAGAAACGUGCUACGCGGGCUUUCAGUCAACAUCGAGGACGCCGAGGCAAGGCACCAUCCAUGUCCUCUUCCUCAACAUCUUUGCCAACGAGAGCUACCCCUUCGCGAUGUUGGUCUCCGACUGUCUGGAAGUCGCCAACUCCAUGCUUGCGACGGGUGUCUGUGGACAUGUGCUGGAGGUGGAGGCUGUCAAAAGCACAGAGUUCCCAGCAAACGCUUGGCGGCUCCGCUUUGGAGCCGGAGGGGCCCACUUUAACUGCUGUCUCUUGGGUGCGUAUGGCCUGGUUCUUGUGACGUGCCUCAAAGCUCUUAGUGAGAACAAUCAGACAUGCCUCGGCAAUGGCAAUGCAGUGCUGGAGCUCUUGAAGGUCAUCCAUGUGGUUUGCCCGCAGCGUGGGCAGGUGGUGGAUGCCAAGUCGCGUGCGCUGCGUGCGAUGACCCAAACCUCCAUCCUGCACAAAAGGCACAGACGCCUCGAUUUGGUCAUGACUGCUUCCUUGAUGAAAAAGAUGUUUGUAGCAGCCACCAAGAACCCCACUGACAGCCUCGAGACGGAUCAGGUGGGCAAGGACAUCGCGGCCCUCAUCAAAAAGUACAACUCUACCAUCAUUCAGAACGCAGGACAGCAGCUUCGUGGGCGGGCCGCCUUCGCCGUGCGCUACGCCAUAUCAGAUGUCCAUCUGCCCGAUGAGGUGUUCACUCUGGUUCUGGCAGCCUCCAGUGAUGCCCGCUUCAAUGAUGGCGUACUGGAACAGCGUGGGUUCUACGUCGGCCUGAGUGCGCGAGAUGUCUCGCACAAGGAGUGGGAACAAAUUUACAGAGGAUCAGUGGCCUCACAGCGUUGCAUCCUGCAGCAGAUGAUGAUGGAGGAGAAGUCAGAGAAGUGCGACAAGUGGCUUGCCAGCAGAUGA